UUGCAAGUAGGUCCUUCCCCAGCCUAUAUCAGUUUUAUCGGAAAGAAGCUAAGAAGGUAGCGACUAGCACAGCAGCGUAGGCGGCGAAGGCAGGGAGAUACGGUCAAGCUGCGUCGGCGAAGGCAGGGAGAGACGAACACUUUAAGCUAGAGACGAACCGUUCAAGCGCGUUUGGGAGACGAAGAAACCAGGGAAACCAGGGCCAGAGAAACCAAAGUCCGACAUUUUCAUCUCUAAUUUCAUGGCAGCGACUCAAUUCAAGGUAGGUGUAUCAUCUCUAAAUUCUUUACUUUUCACCAACUAUGAUCGAACUCUAUGUUAAAGGUAUUAUCCCUAAGUUUGAUUUGCGUUUUUUUAUUGUGAAUUAGUAGUGUGAAUUUGCAUUUUUUCAUUUGUGAUGUAGUUUUCCAUGUAUUGUAUCUUGUGUGGUUAACAACGGUAGAUGAUCUAUUCUUCUGCCACCAGAUAGCAUCCCUCCAAAUCCCCAUACCUUAUGAAAUGGCUCUUCUUGCUGAUGUUUUCCUCAUUGUUUCAUCUAUAUUUGUCUAUUGGCAUUCGUUAUUACUUUUGUGUUAUUUGGGGAUGUGAUCCUGGUUGAGUGAUUGUGAAGGACCAAUGUAUACAAAUUUGCCACUUGUCUACUUGAACAUGUUCUAAAGAUUGCAGAUGUUGUUCAUGAUCAUCUCAACUAUAUCUUUCACUAGGUUUACUACUGUUAAUUGUUGGCUAUGACCCUUUUUUGCUGGAUAAAUGUUCCACAGGGCAAGCGUCUCGGUCAUAUGCUGAAAUGCUGCAUACUGCGGUCAUGAUCAUGUGCUAUCCAUUGAAUCCAGAUGUGAUAAAAAAAACCUUCUUUCUCGAUUCGUAUACCUUAUUUUCUGAAAUGGCUAAACUAAGGGGGGUGUAUUGUAUCCGGAAUUAUCUGCUAUGAUGAAUUUCAUACUACACUCUGAACACUGAAUUACAAAAAGAAAAAUUAGAGAAAUUGAAAUUACCGUACUCAAACGUUGUAGCUUAGCUUGAAAAAAAUUAAACCAUCUACUACAUUCAUCAUACUUACAUACUAUCUGCUACGGAGUACAAAUUAAACGUAAGUAGUUUUAUUUUUCAAAGCUUUUUAAAUGUAUCUGAUACUUUAAUUUUUCAAUAUUUUAAAAGAAGAUCUGAUGCAGUUCUUUAUACUUCAAUAUUUAUAUUUUUCAAUUCUUAUACAAAUAAAAAUAACUUACAAAUUAAACAUUGGGUUGUUUGGGGAAACUGUAUUCAUUGGUAUAUUAUUGAGUUUUACAAAGUAAAUGCUAGAGUGUUUUGUGAAGAAGUACUUUUUGAUAUAUUAUUAGUGAGACGUUAAAGAAAAGUUAAAAAGCUGUUCAAAACAGCACCACUUUUGCAUAUAGUUUUUAGCUUUUAAGUGCUUAAACUUAAGUUGAAUCCAUAGCUAAAAAAAGCUACUGUCUUUUUGUAAAAGUAAUAAGCAGUAUCGCUUCAGAAACAGCUGUAACAAACGCUGCCUUGUAAUUGCUAAGAUAUAACAGAAUCUUUUACACUUCACUUGCUAUGCUAUUUCAUGCUUGCUCAUAAAAUGGGAACCACAAGCUGCUUCAAUUACAUUCCAUAAAUAACUUCAGCUGCUAAAGACUAUCUUUAAACCAACUAAUAAAACAAUCACUCUUGCAAUUCCAGAAUCACCCAAGUCCCUCAAUUCUAGCAGAUGUUGUUCCUUUUGAUCUGAAUUCCAGUUUCACCAUCUUCUGGACUUUUGACAUCUUUAGCCUUUAAAGGGCUUCCGGCUUUGUUCGUUCUUGGAAUUGUUUUGCAUUGGAAUAAUGUGGUUCAUCCAACUAAUUAUGGGAGUUAAAAUGGUAAGUUUGGCUGCACCAUAAGAUUCUUCAAUACCAUGUACUUAUUUGUAUCUGUAUCACCAGACACUACUAGAAAACUGGCUUACAGUGACACUUUUGUAGUGACACUUUCUGAUAUAAUGUCAUCUAGUAACACAAAAGUGUCACCAUUCUCUCACAAAACACAUCAGGCUCACAUAGCGACACUUUUUAUAGAGUAUAGUAGCUAUUCUACUAAUGGGCCGGACUGUAGAGUAAAAUAUUUCAAGGAUUUUUCCGCACUGCCCUCCAGUUUCUUACAUCGGCUCGGCGCUUUCCUUCUUUCUACCAACCCUAACUCCUCGAUCGAUUGUCGGAUUUCUUGGUUCUGCAGCGUGCGACUCCAUCUCCUAAAUCAGAGAGUGCCUCUUGACUUAUCCUCAUGUGUCUUCUUUGUCAAAUUCUAGGUAUGCACAUGAUGUUCUUUAUCUCUUCUGAGUAUUCUCUUUGAACACGUGGAAUCGGAAAACCCAGGGUUCCAUGUGUGAACAGUUGCUGCCCUUUAUGGCUGUCGUGUCUGCGGCGUAAAUCUACCGUAUGGGAUUUACUAGUAGAUAAUGUUAUCUCAUAAGGGUAAUGUUAAUUUUUUUAUACAUGCGGUUAAAAGUAGGUUGUCACGUUGUGAUCUCGUUAGGCAAGAUUAGGUUAGUUUAUAUAUUAUUUAUAAAAGUAAAAAUUGCAUUCUUUUUUCUUUGCAUCCACAGAAUAGAGGUUACCUUUCCAUUUCCAAAUUGAAAAAAACCUAGUUAGGCACCUGUCCUCAACGGGAGAAAUCAAAUGAAAAAGGGAAGGGGAGGUGGCAGGAUGGCUUAUCGUUAUUGCUUAGGCAGAACGGAAGAAUCAGUUCAAUGGAUUUUCAUAAGACCUCACCUUACCUGGAUUUUCACAACAGCAACGUAAGAAUCUCAACCUUUUAUGAGGUUUCCAUUCUUGGACUAUUCAGUAACUUUUUAUGAGGUUUCCUUUCAUGCUUGGCCUGGUUUCUAACUUAAAAAUAGUGUUUCAUGGAGAUCUAUAUGUUGACUUUGUCGAUUGGUUGGUAUAUUUAGAAGUGUUAUAAUUCUUUUAUUCUUUUCAACUACCGGGUGUUUAAUUAUAGACAAUUAAUAGCAAGAAGUAUGGUGUUGAACUGGUUAGCUUUACUCCCCGUCCAACAACUGUGAUAUAUUCUUCCAAGAAUAGGUGGGAUGAAUCUCUGCGGCUUCUCUCAUUGCACGUUAACAAGUAUUCGCGGUAUUUCAAGGGCCAUCACGAAAGGUAAGGAUUUUCUAGUAACAUUUUGUUAUGAUAUAUAAACAUGGGUUGCGUGCUAUUUGGUAACAGUUAUUUAGCUGAAAUGAAACGACUAAACCUGCUGAGUUUCUAAAGGAGAAGCGUUUGGUAACUCUAUCCUGCUUAUAAGCAUAUAAACAUUAUUUUCCUUACUAAACGUAGCGUAGACAUUGUAAUUGAGACUCUACUUGCAGGGUUGUCUUGGUUAGCAUGUGCUCCAGAAAGGAUUGCUUUAUUUCUGGCUCUCUUGAUCGAACUGUUAUGCUUUGGGACCAACGAGCCGAAAAAUGCCAGGUAAAUUGUAGCCAGCGGCGGGUACUCGAUCUUUAAAUCGACACCUCUAUCUGUACCUGCUUUAAUUUUAAUUUGUAGUUUUUAACCUAAUAAUGAGGACAUUUUGAAACCAAAUUCUUUUUUUAGAAUAUUAUACCCUAACCUUAAAUCUAUUUACAGAAUGAGGUAGUAUUUUUUAUUCUUCUCACCUGCUUCAAUCAUUUGAACUCUAUACUGAAACAAGAUUAAGCUAUCUAAUACGAGGAAAGUGUGAAGCAAAGGAUUAGAAUUCAUUGAAGAUCACAAGAUCAUUGUGGCAAGGUUGAUACUCCCUCUGUUUUUAAUUACUUGAUGUUUUAGAUGAAUGUGUAAGCUAGAGCCUAGAAGUAUUUAGUAAGCGAUAAAACGUAAAACUUCAGGGCAGAUGGAUGAUACCUUCCGCCUCUUUUAAGUGUUAGUACAUCUAUGUGCCUGAUUAGUUUUAGUUUUCUAAUAUAAUAUAUGGGCCUGUUGGUUUUUCAUAUUGCGGUGUCAAGGAAAAUUGAUGAAUAAACUUGCACAACCAUUUUUAUGAGGAAGGAUGGUAGAUUGUAUGUUUUAUUAUUUUUUGCAUUUUAAAAUGGAAAACAACUAUAGAUUGAAUUAAUGGCGUGCUUAAAAAUUGCAAAUGGAUAACUUGAAGCUAGCGAAGUGAUUAACCGGGUUUUUUGGCCACCAACUUUCCCUGGGAGUUAAAUUAUGCGUACUUCAGUCUCUUGAGAAAGGGGGUAAUUUUGUAAACCAAUUAUCUAUAUUACGGCGGUGAAAACUUAGUUGGUUUCUAACCGGUUGCUGUUUUCCUAUUAUUAAGGUGCAUUUGAGAUGAGUCCGAUAAUCACUACUUUGCUCCCACAAGACACCAUGCUGGGCAGCCUGGGCUUACUAUUGUGCCCCGCUCCUCUAUUUGUAUGGUCUUGAGCUUGUCCUCCAAUUAGAUAAUAAGGGUUAUUAGGAUGUGCAAAUUGCAAGGUGAAAUACGGUGUCAUUAGGUCCACUUUUUUAAAGUUACCAAAGUUUUAUGUACGAACUCUAUAUUUUCGAAGUACUUGUCGAAGUAUCAUGAUAUUCUCUUGUCUAAUGGUUAUAUGUUUUUUCUUCUCUGUUUGGUGAUCUUAGCUAGGGAAAAGCUAUCAUUGUAGUUGGUUCAUUAAAUAUGUAUGACACGGUAAGUAUUUUGAUCAUGAGAUUAUUUAUUUGGCUUUUGAUGAUGCCCACUUCAUUCUUCAUUUUCACUGGACAUUAGGAGUAUAUAUUGGUAUGAAUUGAAUAAUUGGGGUGAAGGUUAGUUAGUUCUUUCUAGAUCAUUUAUAGAACUCUUUUUAGAAGUAUUUAAAAUGAUCUUAUCUAGCUAGAAAUGUGAAUAGUAAUAAAAUUUUUCACAUUUACUUGUAGGAAUGUACUCCAGAAAUGAUGCAAGUAUCAUGAUAUUCUCUUACUCCCAUCAGGCUAUAUUCAAGCAGAUGUUAAGAAGUACUCUAAAGACGCUGGCGACGCUAGGAAUAAUGAUGUCUAGCGUGUAGCAAAUAAAAAUGUUGUAUUAUUAAAGUGUAGAUUUAUUGCAACUUGUAAUAUACGUAGUUAUUGAUAUUGACACUUUGUAAAAUAAUUUGAGUAAUAAAAACAAUUGUUGAUCUUUUGUUUUGGUUAUUUAUGUAUUUAUAAAAAUCUAUAGUAUAAAUGUAUAAUUAGA